UUAUCAAAAAGAAAUAAAAAUGGGGACCCUGCUGGUGUAGGGAAAAACGGUUGGCCAGGACAGGAAUGAGGGACUUACUGGUUAUCGUUGGCUCCUCCAUUCUCAUCCCUCCAAAUCCCCUCUCCAUAACCGCCAAGCUCAAGCCCUCGCUCAAUCCCGCUGCCAGAGUCUCCCCUUCCAAGCCGAACCCGCCGCCGCCGCCGUCCACGUCUCGCGCUCCGCUCCUCUCCGCCGCUCGACGGGACUCCUUCCCCAACCUCCGCCGCCGGAACCGCCUCAAGUACUGCGCCGAACUCGCGUCCAAGCUCGCCGAGGACGGCCGGUUCGACGACUUCCUGAUGAUUGCUGAGUCGGUCGUGGCCUCGGGCGUGGCCGCUUCACAUUUCGCGGCUCUGUUGAGUGUCGGCCUCGUCUCGGCUGGGGUUGUGCGGAUGGUUUUAGAGGGGAAGAUUUGGGGCGUUGUUGAAGUUUGCGAUAGGGUGGAGAAGCUUGGGCUUAGUGCAUUGCAGCUCCUCGAUGGCUCUGCUACCGAGGCGAUUGCGCAAGAGUGUCGCCGUGUUGUGAGUCGCGGCGAGGUGGAGGAGGCUGUCAGGUUGAUGGAAACACUAGCAGGUUUCCACUCCCCAAUCAAAGGACUUGUCGAGCCUUCUGAGAUUGUUAAACUCUGCGUGAGAAAGCGCAAUCCAAAUACAGCUGUAAGGUAUGCGUGCAUGCUUCCACAUGCACAUGUAACAUUUUGUACCAUUAUUUAUGAGUUUGGAAAGAAAGGGGAUUUGGCAUCUGCAUUGACUGUAUUUGAAGCAUCCAAGCAGAAUUCGAGUGGCCCUAAUAUGUAUGCCUGCCGGACAAUAGUUGAUGUUUGUGGUCUUUGUGGUGACUACUCAAAAUCUAGGUCCAUCUAUGAGGACUUGCUUGCCCAAAAUGUCACCCCAAAUAUUUAUGUUUUCAACAGUCUCAUGAAUGUGAAUUCCCGCGAUUUAAGCUACACCAUGCAUGUCUACAAGCAAAUGCAAAACCUCGGUGUCACAGCUGAUAUGACAUCUUAUAAUAUCCUUUUGAAGUCAUGCUGUCUUGCUGGAAGAGUUGAUUUGGCGCAAGAUAUUUACAGGGAGGUUCAACAUUUGGAAUCAAUAGGAGCAUUGAAAUUGGAUGUCUUCACAUACAGUACUAUUAUGAAGGUUUUUGCAGAUGCAAAAAUGUGGCAAAUGGCUCUGAAAAUCAAAGAAGAUAUGUUAUCAGCUGGGGUCAUUCCAAAUACAGUUACAUGGUCAUCACUGAUUAGUGCAUGUGCCAAUUCAGGCAUUGUAGAGCAGGCAAUUCAGUUAUUUGAUGAGAUGCUUGUUGCUGGUUGUGAACCCAACUCACAGUGUUGCAAUGUCCUCCUUCAUGCUUGUGUUGAGGCCUGCCAGUAUGACAGGGCUUUUCGACUUUUUAGGUCCUGGAGGGAAAGUGGAUUUCAUAAAGUUGUUAGUGGGGCAUACAAUGCCAAGUUAUAUAGUACUGCGGGCUUGGAGCCUGAGAAUGAAAAUUCAACUGCUACAAUACCUAAUUGUGCAUCAGAAUCACAUCAUUUAAACAUCCCUCGGAGGAUUCCCUUUACACCUACAACUGCUACAUAUAAUAUCUUGAUGAAGGCCUGUGGUACUGACUACCACCGUGCAAAAGCUUUGAUGGAUGAGAUGAAUGAUGUGGGUCUUUCUCCUAAUCGUAUAAGCUGGUCAACUCUAAUGCAUAUUUGUGGAGGAUCGGGGAAUGUUGAAGGUGUAUUGCAGAUUCUGAGCUUCAUGCAUGAGGCUGGCGUUCAACCUGAUGUCAUUGCAUAUACAACAGCUAUCAAGGUUUGCGUGGAGACAAAAAAUCCGAAGACAGCAUUUUCCUUAUUUGCUGAAAUGAAACGAUAUCACAUAAAACCAAACUUGGUGACAUAUAAUACACUUCUAAGAGCUCGGACCAGAUAUGGUUCCCAACAGGAAGUCCAACAAUGCCUGGAGGUGUAUCAGGACAUGCGGAAAGCAGGGUAUAAAGCCAAUGACAACUAUCUCAAGCAACUCAUAGAAGAGUGGUGUGAAGGAGUAAUACAAGAUAACAAUCAGAAUGGAUAUCAGCUCAGUUGCAAUGAUGAUGACCUAGGAGGACCUCAUAGCUUCCUUCUUGAGAAGGUUGCAGUGCAUUUGCAAAAGAAAAAUGCUGAAAGCCUGACAAUUGAUUUGCAGGGUCUCACUAAGGUUGAAGCUCGAAUUGUUGUUCUUGCAGUGCUGCAAAUGAUCAAAGAAAACGAUGCCCAAGGUGAUCCGAUAAAAGAUGACUUGUUCAUCAUUCUAGGAGUCAAGAAAGCUGGUGAUGCAGCAAGCAGCGAAGGCAAAUCUGAGGUAGAAGAUGCUGUAAUCAAACUUAUGAAAAAUGAGUUGGGGCUUGAGGUCAUUCUAGCUGGAUCUACAAAAAUCAAAUUGGGAACCUCUAUUGAUAAAUAUACAAAGGCUGAAGAAAUCCUGGAAAGUAAUAGAUUCCAAAGAGGGCUGGUUUCUUCCACCCGAAGACCUGCAGUUUUCCGCAGGUUGAAGGUUACAAGAAAGUCAUUGCGUCAUUGGUUACAGAGACGAAUGGUUGCUAAAAGGUGUGAUAUUAUUAACUGACAUUCAACAUUGCCAAAUUUUUUUGUAUAAGAAAUCUUCUUAUGUAAA